GUUGAUACGACGUUAAUCUCUUCAAAACUAGACGUGUACCUACACAAUACUCGGAAUAUUUUGUUGUCAACUUUGUACAAAAAGUCGAUGUAAUAGUACUAAUAACAGUUGAGUUCUUGGUGGUAAUACGAAGUAGAGUUUUACUAAAUUUUAAUAAAGCAUUGACUUGAGUUAGUCUAUUAAUUUAUUAGAAAAUUAUCUGUAAUUCUAAAAUUAUCUCUGUACAUUUUACUACCACAAUAUGAGAGAAAUCGUUCACUUGCAAGCCGGUCAAUGCGGCAAUCAAAUUGGAUCUAAGUUUUGGGAAAUAAUAUCAGAUGAACAUGGCAUCGACCCAUCUGGAAAAUACACUGGAACAAGCGAUUUACAACUGGAACGCAUCGAAGUUUAUUACAACGAAGUUGGAAAUCACAAAUAUGUCCCUCGAGCAAUUCUCAUUGAUUUGGAACCAGGAACUAUGGAUUCCAUACGAAGUGGACCGAUCGGACAGCUCUUUCGACCCGAUAAUUUCGUAUUUGGACAAAGUGGUGCUGGAAAUAAUUGGGCCAAAGGGCAUUACACUGAAGGUGCAGAACUUAUAGACUCAGUUCUUGAAGUUGUAAGAAGAGAAGCUGAAGGCUGUGAUUGUUUGCAAGGUUUUCAACUUACACAUUCAUUGGGCGGCGGUACUGGAUCUGGUAUGGGAACAUUACUUAUUUCAAAAAUAAGAGAAGAGUAUCCAGAUCGUAUAAUGAAUUCAUUCAGUGUUGUGCCAUCACCAAAAGUUUCUGACACUGUUGUGGAACCUUACAAUGCCACUCUAUCAGUCCAUCAAUUGGUUGAAAAUACUGAUGAAACAUUUUGCAUAGAUAAUGAAGCACUUUAUGAUAUCUGUUUCAGAACAUUGAAACUUACUUCUCCUACUUAUGGAGAUCUUAAUCAUCUUGUGUCGGUUACUAUGUCAGGUGUAACUACAUGUUUACGAUUUCCUGGCCAAUUAAAUGCGGAUCUUCGUAAAUUAGCUGUCAACAUGGUGCCUUUUCCUCGACUUCAUUUUUUCAUGCCCGGAUUUGCUCCACUUACUGCUCGUGGAUGUCAACAAUAUCGAGCUUUAACGGUUCCUGAACUUACUCAACAAAUGUUUGAUGCCAAAAAUAUGAUGACUGCAUGUGAUCCAAGACAUGGACGUUACUUAACAGUCGCUGCAAUUUUCCGUGGUCAAAUGUCAAUGAAAGAAGUUGAUGAACAAAUGCUCAAUAUUCAAAAUAAAAACUCGAGUUAUUUUGUUGAAUGGAUACCAAAUAAUGUUAAAGUUGCUGUAUGUGAUAUCGCUCCCAAAGGCUUAAAAAUGUCAUCAACAUUUAUUGGAAACUCAACUGCAAUCCAAGAAAUAUUCAAACGAAUCAGUGAACAAUUUACUGCAAUGUUUCGGCGUAAAGCUUUUCUUCAUUGGUAUACUGGAGAAGGAAUGGAUGAAAUGGAGUUUACUGAGGCUGAAAGUAAUAUGAACGACCUGGUUUCAGAAUAUCAACAAUAUCAAGAAGCAACAGCUGAAGAUGAAGAAACAUUUGAAGACGAAGCACUAGAAGAAGAAGCUGAAGGAUAAUACAUUUAACAAAUAUUCUGAACUUAACUUAUCAAACUUUUUAGGUUUACAUUUCAAAAUGCUACAUACAAUAUCAAUUUGUUUUUAAAAAUUUUGUUAUAAAUCAAUUUAAAAAUCCAAAAAAUAGAAAUAUCAAAUACUAA